GAUCUGAUGGUCCUGCUCUGAGAGAGUGGCCAAGUUCCAUAUUAGCGCCAGAGGUAGAAACCGAAGCCCCCAGUUCUCUACACCCAAAAUAAACACAGCUCUAUCUCUUCGCUACCUACACACAUUUCAGAGCAGUUAAAGAGAAAGAAAGGCUGAUCUCCGCCACCCAAGAAAGGAGAGAGAGGAUCUAACCAAAAAAAGAAAGGAGGGAGGGGCCUUAAAAAUUGAAACUUUACAAGAGCUGACCUAAAACCAAUGGGGGAGGAGGAGAAAAAGCCUGAGGAGAAGAAAAUGGAGGAGAAGAAGCCUGAGGAGGUGAAAAAGCCUGAAGAGAAAAAGAAAACAGAGGAGAAGAAGGAAGAGAAACCUGCCGAAGAGAAGAAGGAAGAGAAGAAAUCUGAGGAGGGUAAGGAUGGCAAAGAUGCUAAAGAGGGUGAUGCUCCUCCACCACCUCCGCCACCUCAGGAAAUAGUGCUCAGAGUCUAUAUGCAUUGUGAAGGUUGUGCUAGAAAGGUCAAGAGGUGCCUCAAAGGCUUCGAAGGGGUGGAAGAUGUGAGCACUGAUUGCAAGAGCCACAAGGUGGUUGUCAAGGGCGAGAAGGCUGAUCCAAUCAAGGUUCUGGAGAGAGUUCAAAGGAAGAGUCACAGACAAGUUGAGCUUCUCUCCCCAAUCCCAAAACCACCAGCUGAGGAGGAGAAGAAGCCGGAAGAGAAACCCAAGCCAGAGGAGAAGAAAGAGGAGCCUCCUCAGGUCAUCACUGUGGUGCUCAAGGUUCACAUGCAUUGCGAGGCUUGUGCACAAGAAAUCAAGAAACGCAUUCAGAGGAUGAAAGGAGUCGAAUCAGCCGAACCGGAUCUAAAGAGCUCACAGGUGACGGUAAAGGGUGUGUUUGAUCCGACCAAGCUAGUAGAGUACGUGCACAAAAGAACCGGCAAGCACGCAGAGAUAGUGAAGCAAGAACCGGAAAAGAAAGCUGACAAAGAAAAGGCCAAAGAGGUUAGUAAAGACGAGAAGAAAGGUGGUGAAGAAGGUGAUAAGGACAAGAAGAGUGGUGGCGAUGGAGGUGAGGCAGCACCGGCAGAAGAUAACAAAGAAAAGAAAGGUGACGGCAAAGAGGCUGCAGCUUCUGUUGCACCAGAAGGCGGGGCAGUUACAGAAGAGACCAAGGUGGUUGAGCUCAUGAGUAGGAACGAGUUCAACUGCUACCCCCCAAGGUAUGCCAUGGAACUGCACGCCUAUCCUCCACAGAUCUUCAGUGAUGAGAACCCAAAUGCGUGUUCUGUUAUGUAAAAAAUGAACAAUGUUAAUGGUAGAGUAGGAACUAGGGUGAAAACUGUUGAAUAUUUGGGUGCUAGAUUUGCUACCCUACUACCCUGUCCUAAUCUACUGCAUGUCCCCUGAUGUUACUGUGUAAGUGUGUAGUAGUUUUUCUUGUUACGAAACUAAUGCUCUGCCUACAGAGAUAAGCUGUAGAAUUUUGUGAGUGAUGUUCUGUA